UAACUGUAAGAAACGCUAAGAAAAAAAAAAAAAAAAACGAUUAAAACAGAAUGAAGGAGUUUCUAUUUCAUCAUCGGUCCCAAAAAACUAUAGCCCAAAAUCUGGAUAACAGGAAAGUCACUGGCAAUUGACAAACUCUCUCGCGAUCUCAACUAGAUCAGCGCUGAAGAAAGAUGAAGACAGAAGACACAGUGAAACUCAUCAGCGCUGAAGGGAUCGAAUUCGUUAUUGAUAAGGAAGCUGCCAUGGUUUCUCAAACCAUCCGUAACAUGCUUAAUUCUCCAGGUGGUUUUGCGGAGACGGAGCAUGGGGAAGUGACUUUCCCGGAGAUAAGUGCUGUGAUUCUUGAGAAGAUCUGCCAGUAUUUUUAUUGGUCUCUUCAAUAUUCCAGGGGUAAAGAGACUGAGUUCCACAUUGAACCUGAACUGACUCUUGAGCUGAUGAUGGCUGCUAAUUAUCUCCAUACUUAACCAAUUAUGUUCUUUGCUUAUUAGAAUUCUUCCGGCUUGGUAUUCUUGCCCAAGAGGAGUAUCUAUGUCAUGCUUUUUAUCUCUUUGCUGCACUGCAUAGUGGUGUA